GGCGGGGCUGGUGUAGGAAGUGUGUGUCUGUGUUAGUGUGUGACAGUGUGUGAGCCGUGUCCUUUGCUGUGUCCUACAGCCGGCUCUGUAUUAGCACCGCGAUCAUACACCGGAAUGACAACACAGCCUUAACAACAGCUCUACACUAUGUCUUCCCGUGACAGACGCCCAGAUCUCUGCAUCAAGGCAGAACCAGGCACUCCAGAAAGUAUAGGGCGCCGGAGCCCCAGCGGCUCUAGUGACAGUAGCGGUCACGGACCUGACUUGCAGGGGAACCGGUGCUGCCGUGGAGGUGACGAGGAGCAAGAUGACACCCCAGGACGGGGCAAGUAUGUCCUGAACUCCAUUCCUAAGCGACUGUGUCUAGUGUGCGGAGAUGUAGCAUCUGGUUACCACUACGGCGUCGCCUCAUGUGAAGCGUGCAAGGCUUUCUUCAAGCGCACUAUCCAAGGUAAUAUCGAGUACAGCUGUCCAGCCAGUAAUGAGUGUGAGAUCACCAAGAGACGCAGGAAGGCGUGCCAGGCAUGCCGAUUCACAAAGUGCCUUCGUGUGGGCAUGCUGAAGGAGGGAGUGCGUUUAGACCGAGUUAGGGGUGGUCGGCAAAAGUACAAGAGAAGACCAGACGGAGAUGUUCUACAGUAUAACCCAGGGGGGCAGGUCCAGCAUGGAUCUGGAGCAGUAGUUAAAAAACAAGCUCCAAUGAAUGCAGUGGUGUCACACUUGCUGGUGGCAGAACCAGAUAAGUUGUUUGCCAUGCCAGACCCAGCUCUGCCGGACGGGUACCUCAAGUCCAUGAGUACGUUGUGUGACCUUGCUGACCGAGAGAUUGUCAUCAUCAUCAGCUGGGCCAAAAACAUACCUGGCUUUUCCAACCUCUCUCUAUCAGACCAGAUGAGCCUUUUGCAAAGCGUUUGGAUGGAGGUGCUUCUUCUGGGCGUGGUAUUCCGCUCUUUACCCUAUGAAGACGAGGUAGUAUUUGCAGAGGAUUUUGUGCUGGACGAGGAGUCGUCACGCUCUGCUCGUCUCUCGGACCUCUGCUCCUGCAUCUUGCACCUAGUACGCAAGUACCGGACCCUCAGAGUGGAAAGGGAAGAAUACGUCAUGCUUAAAGCCCUCACCCUCACUAACUCAGACUCUGUGCACAUAGAGGACCCUGAGGCAGUUCUUCGGCUCCGUGACACUCUACAGGAAGCCCUCAGUGAGUAUGAGUCAAACCGGCAUCCAGAAGAACCGUGCAGGGAUGGAAAACUGUUAUUGACCCUCCCACUCCUGCGCCAGACCGCCGGGCGUGUUUUGCAGCACUUCCACGCCCUGCGAGAAGAGGGCACUGUCCCCAUGCACAAGCUCUUCCUUGAGAUGCUGGAAGCCAUGAUGGACUGAAGGGGGCCCCUUUGUAAUCAUUUUCUAGAUGGCACUGCCAGUCUCAUAAUAGACUUACAUACUGAGAGGAGUAGUGCGAUUGUGCAAACUAGGGACACGCCUGGGAUUUGCACAAGUUCUUCCAGGGAUGAACUAAGGAGGUAGAGGAACUGGGUUAGCCCCUUUCCUCUAGAGUAUGGUCUGUGGGGAAAAAGCCAUACUGGAGAGCCCCAUGGGAAGUGGGUGACACUAAACAGCAAGCGGUAGAGAUUUAUUCUAAAAACUGAAGUAUUUGUGCUGAAACCUAUUCCACUAAAAAUGUAUUUUUAAGAUUGAUAAAGCAUUUUAGAAAAUGAGAACUGCAGCCAAGUUAUGCUCUACAAAUACUGUAUAUAGGAUUAGUGGUGCUUUUCUCCUGUACCCAAUCUUCCGUUUGUGUCCCGUAUCAUGUGAGACUUUAUGCCAGUGAAUUAUUACAUAUAUAUAUAUAUUAUUUUUUUAAACUAUGGUACACCCCUCCCCAGGAGAUAAGAAAAAAUUAGUUUAUUAUGUAAUACCCAUAUGCUCCACUUGGUGUCACUGCAGAAAUAUGAAUGUAAUAUUUAUCCUUGGGGGCGGGGCGCUGCUUUAUUUAAAAACUGACCUAAUAUGUUUUUUUGUUUUUGAAGCAGGCAUAUAGAAAUGGGGGAUUUAAGACCUAAUGAACCUGAUUGAAUUUUAUUUUAAUAUGCUGUGUGGUUUGAGAAAAUUUUAAUUUUAUAUAUGGAAGGAGCGGAAACUGUAUUAUUUAUAAAUACUGAGACCAGCUGUGUGUGCAAAUGUUCCCCCUAAUCUUUGUUAUUUUAAAUCUGUUAUUGUUUUCAGGCUUUUAACUGUCUGUGUAGUCCUAAUGUCUGUUUGCAAUGCAUUCUGGUCUACGUAGUCUCUCACCUGUCUUCUCGGUAUUAAAGGGACACUGAACCCAAUUUUUUUCUUUCGUGAAUCAGAUAGAACAGCAAUUUUAAGCAACUUUCUAAUUUACUCCUAUUAUCAAUUUUUCUUCACUCACUUUCUAUCUUUAUUUGAAAAAGAAGGCAUCUAAGCUUUUUUGUGGUUCAGACUCUGGACAGCACUUUUUUAUUGGUGGGUGAAUUUAUCCACCAAUCAGCAAGGACAACCCAGGUUGUUCACCACAAAUAGGCCGGCAUCCAAACUUAUAUUCUUGCAUUUCAAAUAAAGAUACCAAGAGAAUAAAGAAAAUGUGAUAAUAGGAGUAAAUUAGAAAGUUGCUUAAAAUUUCAUGCUCUAUCUGAAUCAUGAAAGAAAAAAAUUGGGUUCAGUGUCCCUUUAAGCAUUGCAGUGUACUCAGUCUGGUUCUCUAAUUGCAAUACAUUUUGGUCCUUUUAGCUGUGAUCUCUGCGUACCUUCUCACACCUGUAUAUAGACUAUAGAAUAAUGUGCAUAUGUAAUAUACCUCUUUGCCUAUAUAUAUAUACAGUAUAUAUAUAUAUAUAUAUACAGAUCCUUGUAUACAGAUAGCUCUGCUGAGCCUGAACUGCAAUAAACAUCAGGGAGAUUUCA